AAUUAUUGAUACAAUCUUACUAAUUUGCUAUGAACUUAUUAUAAAUGUUAGUCAACUUUCUUAAUAGCUAGUUGGAGAAUUGCUUUUGCGGGUUGACCCGUGACCCAGCCGCACACAUUCGCCACCCAUCCAACUCAACCCGUAAAAUUAUGUGGGUGGAUUGCGGGUCACAAUUAUUCCAACUCGCUAGUAAAUGAAUGGGUCAAUUUGAAACCAAACCCACCCAACCCGUCAUUCCCGCCCCUAAUUAAACCCCUUAUUUUUGUCCAUGUCGCACCCUCGUUACUUAUCCGCGCCUUACGCUUCUCUCUCCCUCCAAAACCCCUUUUCCGAAUCCCUCACAAACUUCAAAAUUUACCCUCUCCGCUCUCUUCCCACUCUAGGGUUUCUGCUCUGUUCUCCCUCGUGGCCUUGUCCCACCUUCGCAAAUGGCAAGGUACCGGAGCCGCAGCCGGAGCUACAGCCCCCGCCGCCCUCGCAGCAGGACUCCUCCUCGAUCGCGAAAGCGGUACGACGACGAUGGCAGCGACGACGAGCCUCGCGAUCGUUAUCGCGACAGCCGCUCCCGCAGAGACCGACGCUCCCCUCUUCCUUCUGGUUUGCUCGUCCGCAACCUCCCUCUCACCGCUAGCGUUGAAGAUCUUAGGAUCCCGUUUCAGAAGUAUGGCCCUGUGAAGGAUGUCUAUCUGCCUAAGAAUUACUAUACUGGGGAGCCUCGAGGUUUUGGGUUCGUGAAGUUCCGUCAUGGUGAGGAUGCUGCGAUAGCAAAGGAAAGGCUGAAUCAUAAAGUUAUUGGUGGACGGGAGAUUCGUAUUGUUUUUGCUGAGGAAAACAGGAAAACUCCUCAGGAGAUGUCUUCAACUGGUGGUCGUACAAGUCGACAUGGAGGCGGCAGUAGACAUAGAUCACCACCAAGGUCUCCAAGACGCAGAUUCCGAUCUUCAUCACGUUCUGCCUCCCCACCUAGGAGAGACUCGAGGGAUAGCAGAGUGAAGGAUGACCACCGGUCUUCAAGAAGAUCUAGAUCACUCUCUAGAUCAUACUCUCCACAAGAUAAAGCAAGAGAGUACAAGUCUAAGAGGAGAUCUCAGAGUCCAGUUCGUAACGGUCAUAUUCCUCGAGAAGCACAGGAUCAUGCCUCUGGCAGAUUGAUGAGUCCUGGGGAUAAUGGGCGCAGCCCGCUGUCUCGUUCAAGGUCAUAUGACUAAUGUGCACGUGCCUGAUUGCAAUCCUCUCGUCGCCUGAUCUUCUGUGCACUGCUCUGUUGGAUGCUUGAUGACUGAUGUGAGUCUGUGAGCCUUAGAUGUAAUCAACGUUUUCUUCCAUUCUCCCAGCGUUUAUUUUCUCCCCCUCCCUUACCGUCUUUAGGUCUAGUUUCGUUAGACUGAAUAGUACUCUUUUGAUGCUAGUGGAUGCUGUAAUCUCUCUUUUUUUAUUCUUUUUUAACAUUUUCACUUUGUAUAAAUUUGUAGUUUGAUAAACAUGAGAUUCAGCAUAUGCUGUCCGAUUAGUUGGUUGUUUGCACUUUGCAUCUAGUUUUUGUUUGCAGAGGUUAUCUUUAGAAGAUAACUCUCUAGUUGAAAAAUGAUAUGAUACAACCGCGAUCUCGUUUGAAUGUAGUAGAUAAUAGCGGAGCUCGAUAAUUGAUUUGCAUGAACAGUCAUAUUCUGUAAAGCAUGUAUCAGAGAUCAGACAGGAUCGGUGGCAGAAUACGCUCCGUUGACUUUCUCCGACGGGAGAGUUGCUGGACUGAUCAGGAGAUUUCUAGUAUUGAGGACUAGCCGAGAUUUAUACCUUGAUGAUGAUGGGGCUUGAAAUAUAUGAACACUAAGGCGUUUGGAUGCAGUAAAAUGCACCAAAAUAAAGAGGGAAUUGGACU